AGGGAGGUUCCCACAUCCUAGCUCACGCCGGCCUGCCCCUGGACACCUCUGUCACCAUGUGGUUCCUGGUUCUGUGCCUCGCCCUGUCCCUGGGGGGGACUGGUGCUGCGCCCCCUGUCCAGUCCCGGAUCAUUGGAGGCUGGGAGUGCAAGCAGCAUUCCCAGCCCUGGCAGGUGGCUCUGUACCAUUACAGCCACUUCAGCUGUGGGGGCGUCCUGCUGUACCCCGAGUGGGUGCUCACGGCCGCCCACUGCUACAGCAAUAAUUACCAGCUCUGGCUGGGUCGCCACGACCUGUACGAGGACGAGGACACGGCGCAGUUUGUCCAGGUCCGCGGCAGCUUCCCGCACCCACAGUUCGACCUGAGCCUCCUGAAUAACACCACCCCGGCCCCCGACGAGGACUACAGCCACGACCUCAUGCUGCUGCGCCUGGCCGAGCCCGCCCGGCUCUCAGCCGCGGUGCAGGUCCUGGCGCUGCCGGACCAGGCGCCCGCAGUGGGGAGCACCUGCUACGCGUCGGGCUGGGGCAGCGUGCGGCCCUUAAACUUCUCGUACCCAGACGUUCUGCAGUGCGUGGACGUCGAGCUGCUGCCCAACGAGGUGUGCGAGGAAGCCCACACCCAGAAGGUGACGGAGUUCAUGCUGUGUGCGGGGCGCGUGGAAGGCGGCAAGGACAUCUGCGUGGGGGACUCGGGUGGCCCGCUCAUCUGCGACGGUGUGUUUCAAGGCCUCACGUCGUGGGGCUACACCCCGUGCGGCAGCCGCAAUAAGCCCUCGCUCUUCACCUACGUGCUGAAGUAUAAGCAGUGGAUCGAGGACACCAUCGCCGCCAACCCCUGAACGUCCGCCGUCCCCCACCCUCAGUAAAACCCGAUGUGCAACAAA